AACAAUAACAAAGUAAGAAAACAAUAUAAAAUGGAAAAUAUUGAAAUUGAUGACUCGGAAUUCUAUCAUCAAGAUUUCACAACUGCAUCAGAAUGGGAAAUAUUCAUGGCACGUAUUGAAGAAAUUUUACAUGAGUGGAAAUUAACUGUAUCUUUUUCAAAUGUAAAAUAUCCAUCAUUUUCUGAUGGCAUAUGGGAGAGUGAAAGUGAAAAUUUAUUUUUCGCGGACGUUGAAUUUACAAUGACACAUCAUUUUUUAAAACCCUUAUCGAUUGAUGAAGAACCUGAACUAUAUGAUGAUUUAGAAAACGAAACAAAUUAUGUAUCAAAGGAACUAGAUUUUACUGGUCAAGAUUUUCCUCCUGUACAAUAUAUUGAUAAACCUGGUAUUAGUUUAGCACGCGUUUAUGGAUUACAUAAUUUUGUGGUGCUAUCACCAACAAAAAAUAUUGAUAUUGAUAACGAGAGUAAAGUAAAAAUAUUAUUGAGUUCUGUCCAUAUGGCAGUCAAUAAUUCAAAUUGUGAAUUACCAAUGUUCGUACAAGUGGGGGAAACAUGGCAACAAUGUUUUUUAGGCGUUAGUGAAUCUCGUGGCCUGUGCACAAAUUUUGAUAUGAUUCACUUACAGAAAGGACCUCAACAUUGCAAAUAUUUAACAGGGUUGUUAGAUGUGUUUAAAUCAAAAAUAGCAUCCCCCAUUCCACUAGAUACUGUAACGGUUUCCGUACAGUUUAGUUAUUCACUUGUAUUUAUGAAUAAAUUUGAAUUCCGACGACGGGAAACUAUUGGAGUGGAAGAUAUUGGAAGAUUACAAUUUGGUGCAUGUUUGGAUCCCUUCAAUGAAAUGCUUUUGUUAGCUUCUUGGGAAAACUUACCCGAAAGUGUUGUAGUUGAUUCACAAAACUAUUCAGAUUUUGAUCCGCUCCAUGCUGCAUCAUGGGCAGUGAAAAUAAAAAUGGUAGAUACACCUGCAUGCCUGCUGUCUGAUUGUAUUCUUGAAUUUUUACAUUUAAGUGCGAAUAAUCAAACAUUGCCCGAUUUAUUAGGUGAUUAUGUAACAGAUUCGAAUAAUGAAACUGUGCUUGCGCUAAAUCGUAUAACUGAAUCAAAAGUUCCGUCACUUACUAGUGUAUUACGUCGCGCGGCAAGUGUUGGAACAAGCCAAGGACGAAAACGUAGUCGUAGUUCAGAUGGACCGUUAUCGGAAGAGUUUAUUGUGCCAAUCUUAUACUUUUUAUUCCCUGAUGCAGAACCAGAACCUAAAAGACCGUAUAUUGGAGAUUUUGAUCAUCCAACAGAUUCGGGUGUGCUUAAAAGUUGUGGGUUUGAUUCGUUAGUUUGGCGUUUGGCAAUUAUUUUAGCUCAAAGUGCACAUUCCUUGGGUGGAGUGCGUACAGUUGGACAUAUAUGGUAUGAAUUUGUUCAAGAAAUGAGAUACAGAUGGGAAAAAAGCAUCAAAAUACCUGGACUGUCACCAGGGUUCCCUGAUUUUCGUACUUGCUUACUUCAUCAAAAGUUACAAUUGCUCAAUUGUUGCAUUGAGCGUAAAUUAAAACGGGAAAAUGUGAAUUUUGGUAAUCUACCAUACACUGACGAACAAAAUGUCUCAUCAACAGAUUCAGAUGAUGAAUUUUUUGAUUGUGAUCAAGAAGAACAAAAACAAUGGACUGAACCAGUGGGUCGUUUAUCAAAAUAUGGUAGUAUGAAACUAAUCAAAACAGGUGAACCAUUAUAUGUUCCAAUAACACAAGAAGCAGUGCCCAAAACUGAAGAUCAGCUAGAAGAAGAUGCAGAUGUACUUGUACAAUUGGGUGACGAUGCUAUGGGCUCAGAGUUACGGGCACGUAUGAUGAGUGCAUCGUUGUUAUCGGAUAUGGAAUCCUUUAAAGCUGCUAACCCUGACGGACUAUUUGAAGAUUUUAUACGUUGGUAUUCACCACGCGAUUGGAUUGAUGAUCCCACUGAACUCGAUGAAUGGGGUCAACCAACUGGACACUUAAGUUCACGUAUGCAAAUUGAGGAUAACACAUGGACAGUUGUAUGGCAGUCAGCAAAACCAAUUCCUGCACGUCGCCAAAAACGUUUAUUUGAUGAUACGCGUGAAGCUGAGAAAGUUUUACACUAUUUAGAAUCCCGUACAAUAUCACAAGUAAUUGAUCUUAUCUUACCAGUUCUAACACAUUGUGCUCUCUGUUAUUUGGUAGCUGAAACAAAACAAAAUGAAUAUGUUGAACUACCACAGUUGAAUACAAUGUUACGUCAUCUAGUGAAAACAAGUGAACGUAUAACACGUGAUUCCAGAUCACAACCACGACGUUAUGAAAUUGUAUUCCAAGAGAUAGCAGCACAUGAAUCAUUAAUUGCAAAAGCAAAAUCAAUUCGUCAAAAUUUUUAUUCAAUCGACGAUAAAAGAACGAAUGAGGAUUUUGUACGAUUUUUUACUGGUCUAUUAGAAAAUAAAGAAAUGAUUGUACCGGGAGGCCCACGAGAAAUUAUUGGAGAUCGUAUUACAAAAAUGUUUUCGGAUGUUUAUAAACAUUUAGAUUAUAUGGGCGUAGAGGAGAGUGGUGCUGGUGAUGAUGCAGCAUCUAUGAUGUCGGGUAAUGUGGGCAUGAGUAAUUCUCCAUUUCCAACACCUGAAAAAAAAGAAUAUGUUUUACGUGUAAUGGCAAAUCGUCCUUCACCAUACUCCAAAUAUAGUAUACAGUUUAUGCGAGCUAUAUUAACUAAAGAUGAUUUUCGAUUAGCUGGUGCUUUUAAUCACGAUACUUUAUUUUUUUAGAUG